UUAGCUUUGAGCUCGGGCGAGAUUCGAACCGGGGAUGGCUGUGAGCACGCUGACGAAGGAAUUGUGAGGCGUGGAGUGUGGAGCUCCCCUAUUCUGUGCCCUUUGCUCCCCUGAUCUAACCCCUCCCCACAAACCCUAGGGCUGCUGUUCGUGCGGCAAGUCAGAAUAUGCUCGUUUCGUUUCUCCAAUCCGGAAUUUAGGGUUCCUCCCGUGAAGAAGGAGCUGAUCGGCGUGGUGUAUGACACGCUGGGCGGGAUCCAAAUGUCCGGCACUCAUUCGCCACCGCGGUUGUGGUGGGCGUGGAGAUCACCGCCGUCGCCGCGGUCGCCGUCGCCGUCGCCGUCGCGGUUGAUUUUGGAGGAUCGGGAAAGCGAUGGCAGCAAUGGGAGGAAUGUUUCGGGAAUGAAGGCCGCCUCUCAAUAACAGAACCGAAAAGCUCAUUCACAAAGUUCGCUGGGGGGUGAGUUCUUUCUUUGUUUUACCAGUUUUUCCAGUGUUCUAGAGUUGUCUCAAGGAUGAACUGUGAUGUGCGUCGUGACAGUGCAUAGAGCGGAAUUCGAGCUCAAGUGUGGCCAUUAUAUACGAGGUUGAGAGGUUGAUAGCACCGAGGCAGAAAGAAAGGAAGAAAUACGAAAAGAUACGAAGCUACUGCCAAGAAAUCAAGCAAUCACUCACGUCCAGAAGAGAAGGAGAGCAUGGCAUGGAAGAACAAGCAGAAGAAGAAGAACACGAACUCAUGCCAUUCUCCGAGAGCCAGAUCGAAGCAUUCAGCAGCAUCGACGACAGCAGCGCGUUCUGGAAGAAAGGACCCAAGGCAGUGGGCGACAUAGUUACCUGGCAAAGGAUCAUCCGCCUGGACGCCGUCCGGAUGAACGCCGAGUGGGUUCCAUAGGCCAACGUGAAGGACGAGGAGACGUUCCAAAGUAGCCCGCAAGGCCGGUCUGUCCGACGACGAGCACCUGGAAACUUGCCGCCGCUACCGCCGCCAGGCUCGUCUCCAUCCUCGAGGCCUACGCGCUCUACGAUCCGGACACGGGCUACUGCCAGGGAUGAGUGGCUUGCUCUCGCCGUUCGUGGCGUUCAUGGACGACGGCGCGGCACAGCUUCCGGCUGGGCAUCCUGCGGCAGCUAAACGGGACCUCGGAUAUCAUCAAGGUGGUGGGCCUGAGCACCUGGUGCCUCCGUGCUGUUCCGGUGACGUUCGAGCAGACGAUAUACCUGUGGGAGGUGAUAUCGGCCGAGGCCCGGAAGACGAAGAAGAAUGUCUCGGGCUGCUGGCUCACAGACGAAGUAGCCAUGAGUUUUUGAGAGACGCGGCUACGCCUGUCGCGGACGCUGCCGGGGCGCUUGUCCGGGCGACCUCGGCGUUUAGUCACGUAAAGCUCAUUUCUUGGGCAAUCGGCUAAAAGGGUAAUGUUAUAUAAAAAGGAUUACGUAGGGCAAGGUUUUGUGGGCAUGGCACCAAAGGGCUCACGAAAGCGGGACAAGGUUCGUGUCAUGGCGCCAACGUGGGCACCGGUAAAAGGCGCAGGCGGGCGAUGUGGACAAGCCAUAUGGGCAGUUGCUCGGGACUGGCCACUGCUACUGCCAAAGGGAUCAGUGGCAGAGGCUAGAGGGAAUGAGGUUGAAAAGGCCAUGGAUUUGGGUAAUAUGGGUGUGAAGCUCAAGAACGAGAGUGAAGAGCGUGAGAACGAGAGUGAAGAGAGUGACAGCGAGAGUGAAGAGAGUGAGAGCGAGAGUUCUAGUGACGAGGACAUUGACGAGGAUGCCAAACUCCUCAAGGAGCUUGACAGAUUGCAUGCCAAAAAGGAGCACACAGAGGAGCACACAGAGGAGCACAAAGAGGAGAAAACAGAGGAGCAAUCAGUGCCAAGUAUCCCUUUGAUACUUAUGCCCAAACACUGUGGCAAAGAUUUAGCCACAGGGUAUAAAUUGUGUAAAUAAAUAGCCUUUUCAAACCUAAUGGGAACACUG